AGGGAUAUCAAUCCUCACAUACCACAGUAUAUAAAAUCUGUUCCUUGGUACCUUGGUGAAGAUCGUCCAACACUAAAGCAUCAAAGGCCUCAGGCUGAGAAGCAGAAGAAAUUUGCAGGACUUGAUGAUGUUUAUAUCAGAGGAAAAACAGCAGGAAAAGCUGCUACAAAAUUCAGAAAAGGUGCUUGUGAAAACUGUGGUGCCAUGACACACAAGAAAAAAGAUUGUUUGGAGAGGCCAAGAAGGAUUGGUGCCAAGUUUACAGGGGAGGACAUUAAACCAGAUGAAAUUCUUCAAGUAUGUAGACCUUUCAUAUUUAUGCCAAAAGCAGUGCCACAGGGUGGACUGGGGUGGACAUGUCCACCACCACCACCACAUUAUUGUUUGAAAAAAUGUAGACCACGCCUAAGGGAGAAAAUUUGUCAAAUGCGAUGCGAGUCCCUAUAAAAUUUUUACAGGAAAUUGUUGACCAAGUUAGAUGCAGCCACACUACAGCUUCAAUAAAUCAAAAAAGGUUUCUUGCGAGUGCUCCAGUAGUAAUUAACCGAGAAGUAGGUGAACAAAAAAAAUGACGUUAGAGGGGAGCUAUUUUGUCUGUUUUAUUUCACCAUGUUUACACCAAGGGACAGUAAAAGACAUGAAACUCGACACUGAGCAAUGUUUUGCAGCUCAGCAUUCUGUCAAACAAAAAAUAAAGAGUGUCUUACACAAGUCUAAAGUAAAAAUUUACCUGCGUAAAAGGGAACCAUUUUUACAACGAUUUAUUUCCAAACAAGAUUUUCUGUGGCGUCAUUCAAGUCCAGAUUUUUACAUUGUUGAAACUGUUUGGCUUCAUAUGAAAAAAUUCCAAACCAUGAUUUAGAAGGUUUUUCAAGAACCAAAGAAUUGUUAAUUGAAAGAAUUCUUCAGGUUUGGAAUGAAAUUCCACAAUAAUACAUUGCCAAAUUAUAUGCAACCAAUUCAAGAAGGCAUAAAACGGUUUCAAAAGUUCAGAGCUCCCGUCAAAAUAUUAAAAUUUGAAACUGUUAAAAGACGUUUUGAAACUGCUAUUUUAAAAAAAGUGCUCUAAAAAGAUUGAAGUUUUGAUUGGUGGUUGUUUCACUUCUGACACACUCCCAUUCGCCACCUAAAACAAUCAAUUCGCCCAACAAUAGCUUUUGAUAAUUCUUGCGCCAUUUUCUCUCCUUCGAGGUGGUGCAAUACUUUUAUGAGGGGAGUGUACCUACAUUUUCUUAAAUUUUUGGGGUCUGAGCAAAUUUUGAAAAGCCCAUGAAAGGCUGUUGAUUUCAGUCUUGUGUUUGAAUUGAGUAGUAUCAUCUUUAGAUAAUAGAAUGGCUUCAUAUUUCACAUAUUGAUUCGAUAAAAAAUUUUAGAACAUUUAGAAGCCAUAUUGCACGUUGGCUAAUGUGUUUUGUACCACCCAUUAGGUUUUUCCUCUUGCCCUCCUUUGAAGCAAAUUGUCAAAAGUAGCUACCAGCAACUAGGGUUGCUGAGAAGGGGAGGAAAAGGGAACUAAUUGCACCAGGACCUCAAAAGGGGCCACAGAAAGUGAUGAAUUCCAUUUUAAGAAUGGAAUAAAUCAAACAUAGAAAAAAGAUGCCUAAAAAUAGUGAAAAGUUUUAAACAAUGGCAAGAAUUGACUGCAAGAAAUAUUCUGAAAUGCAUUUUAAGCUAGUCUGAGGGGCAUGGUCACAAAAAAAUGUUUCCUUGCUUUGCUUGCAGAGGGCCUCCUUUUAUGCUUUCCCACAGAGCCUCAGAAACCACUCAGUGCCUCAUCCAAUGACUGUACUCAGAUUGUUGCCUCUUAUGAAAGAAGUUACUCUGUGCAAAAAAAAUUAAAGAAAAAGAGUGAACGAAAGUCCAUCAUGUCACAAGACCAUGUUGUUGCCUUAUGCCUAAUGCAGUCCUUUUCGUUUAGCGCGUGCGAUCGCACCCGCACACGCCUGCACACGCGCAAGUUAAAUUGCGCGUGCUUUUGACCACACGCGCAAACAGGUGUUUUUGCAGUUUUCUGUUAAAGGGCCUCUCCAGCCAAAUUUUGCACUUGCAUUUUAUUGGCAAUUUUUAUAAAGAAGUUGAGCCUGCUGAUCACGAAUUCGUUAUUUGUUUUCGAUAUUUUUUUACAGUUUGUGAGAUAUAAGCUCUUGCAUUUCGAUAAUUUAAUUGAAUUAACCGACAAAAAUUUUUUGUUUGGUGACACUGUGACGCAAUUUUGACGUCGCAGUGUAUUUCGGAUAGUCUCGCCUCAAACCGAAUCGAACGACGGCGAUUCGCAAAUUGAACACUGCAAGUGAUGGUACUUUCAGUUCUGUUCCGCCAGCUUUUAGUUUGAGCAUUUCAGACACCAAUUCUGAAGCCUUUAGUUGUUCAUCGUUUCUGGAGAACAACUGAAGUGACAAUUUCGAUUAAUUAUACGCGAGGGAAGAGCUGGAACAGGAACUGGAACUGGAUGCAGUUAUCAACGCGUGACCAUGAGUCCUUCACGCUUCGGUGGAAGAUAUACGAAAUUCAUGGCGAACGAGAGCCGCACAUUGUGACGCCAGAAUGUCACCAAACUGAUUCGGCUUUUGUCGUUUUUUUUCUCGGAAAGGUGCAACUGUAAGGCCUUACAACUUCUAAACUAAUUGGAAUUUUUCAAAAACAAUGACUUUGUCAUAAUACACGCACCAGAUGCUAACUUUUAAGUCAUUAAAAAAAAUUUUUUUUUUGCUGGAGAGGCCCUUUAACAUCAAUUUCCCAUGGUCUCAUGAUUGUUUAUCCUUUCCCUUGUUACUUGAUUCGCACUUUUGACCACAAUAUGAUUUUUCCAAUUUUCGGAAGUGAUGUUUGGCUUUUGACUGAGUGCUCCAUUGAACUUAGCGUCUCGUCUUUAA